AUGGACGUUGCGACUGGUGCUCCUUCACGGCUGUCAACGACCGCAGCCACCGUGGUGACCACAACUACGUCGGCGACGGCCACAGCAACGGCCACAGCCUCCCCCGGCGAUCCCGGCAAGGUCUUGCAGCAAUGGUCAUCUCUCAUCGGCAUCAUCGCCGCCAUUGUCGGAAACGUCCUCAUUGCUUUAGCUUUGAAUGUCCAGCGAUACGCACACACGCGACUUCAUAAGGAACGAGCGCGUGUGCGCCAGCGGGCGCGUGCUGCCUUGAAACGUGCGCAGGGUAGCGGCAACGGUGCAUCAUAUGGCACACUUUCUGAAGAGCCCAAUGGCCAUAGGAGCGGCGACGGGCUCAGCCACGAUGACUCUGUUACCGGCACGAAUCGGGUCCACGGCGAGCAAGAAUCAGGCGGACCUGAUCCUCUAUCCCUGUCUUCCCAGUCAAACGCCAUGACCGACGUCGACAGCAUUCAUGGAGAACCGAACAACGUUGCGUCAACAUACCUCAAGUCUCCAUAUUGGUGGCUAGGACAAGUCCUCAUAACUCUGGGCGAAAUGGGCAAUUUUCUGGCCUACGGAUUUGCUCCUGCUUCGAUUGUGUCACCCUUGGGCGUCGUAGCUCUCAUAUCGAACUGUAUCAUCGCGCCCGUAAUGUUCCACGAGCGGUUUCGCGCCAGGGACUUUUGGGGUGUCAUCAUCGCUGUUGGAGGAGUCGUCACAGUCGUGUUUAGCGCAAAACAGGAGGAGACCAAAUUGGAACCUGACGAUGUUUGGCGCGCAAUCGCUACCAUGGAAUUCGAAAUCUAUCUCGCUUCCACUGUCGCUUUGAUUGUCUUGUUAAUGUGGGCAAGUGGUGGAUAUACUGCGCUGGCAACGAAAGGCGUAUCGUCUAUGCUGUCCUCGACGCUUUGGAGAGCCUUCACAACUCCAGUUACAUAUGCUCUAAUUCUCAUUCUCCUUCUCACGGCUAUCAUGCAGAUUCGAUAUGUCAACAAGGCACUACAGCGCUUUAACUCUACUCAGGUCAUCCCCAUUCAAUUCGUUCUUUUCACACUUUGCGUCAUCCUGGGGAGCGCUGUUCUUUACCGGGACUUUGAAAAGACGACGGCAAAACAAGCCGCAAAGUUCGUAGGCGGCUGCCUCCUCACGUUUUUGGGUGUUUUCCUUAUCACUAGUGGUCGACAACAAAAGGAGGCAGAUGAUGAGGAUAUUCUGUCUGAUAUUGAUGGGAUCGAGGAGACCAUUGGUCUAAUGAGACACGAUGAAGCACCAUCGGGUCCUGGAGACGUUGAAUCGCCCAAUUUCCUCACUCGGCGACUUAGUAGAUUAUCGAGGGUCAGCUUUGCAGAUGCGGUCAAGCCAGGAUCUCCCCAGGACAAGCCCGACAGGCCAAAAAUACUACAGCGUCCAACUGAGAGGGGACCAGAAUCGAUGGCCAUCGAAGCAGAAACGCCCGCUCUAUCCGACAACCCUUGGCGAGAACCUUGGCCGUCCGCUGCGUCUCCUGUUUUUGGCGCCAAAACCUAUUCUACCGACUCGGCCGUAGCCGGGUCUGCUGCGAUUUCAACGCCAAGCAAUUCUGCUGCCACGACUCCAAUCACAGACUCAGCUGUCGUGGCUACAUACCCUAUAGACAGACCGUUUACAGCUCACCGGAACUCAGGAGGACUCCCUUGGACUGCGAGUCAUCAUCGCUCCAAGACUUUUAUAUCGCCAUCCCCACUUUCUUCUACAGUCACUACCGUCGUGAAAGACGCAUUCUUACGAGAAGAUGACCCAUCUUUGACUAAUACAUCAUCACUGAGGAAAAUACGGUCUAGCAUUCGUGCCAGCCUUUUCUUCAACGAUGGUGAAGAUCAGGAGAAUGCAAUAUCAUCGGCUUACAUGCCCAUUCCAACAUCGGAUCUUUAUUGGUCAAGACACCUUGAGACACCUGGGGAUGAGGAUGGCGAGGCACAUGACCCAUCGCGGAGGAGGUCGCGAAGCGUCAGUGACGCAAUAGGCGAUUUCUUCCGUCCCAAGAAAAAGAGCAAGGAUGAUACCCCAGGCGGUGAUAUGGAACCUGGAACGUCUCGUGAUUCUGAGUAG